AAAUGAUCAAAGGAAUGACAUUGAUAUUCAAACAAGAAUACAAAAUAUCAAAGAUGAUCCUCGAAAAUAUUUGAACGAUGUUGUCGAUCAACAACUUUUAUAUAAAUUAGUUACACGAAAUGGUCAUACGAAAAUCAAAUUACCAUGGAUACCAAUGUCAAUGAUUCCAGACAUUCUAUCCGCAUACCACGAUCAUCCACUUAGUGGGCAUUUUGGUGUCAAUCGUACGUAUAAUAAAAUAAAGGAUAAGUUUUAUUGGUUUCAGAUGUUAAAUUCGAUCAAACAAUAUAUUCGAUCUUGUGCACAAUGUGCUCAAUUUAAUGUACAACGACGAAAGAAGCCUGGAUUAUUACAAAAGGAGCCACCACCAGAGGGUGUGUUUGAAUUAAUGCAGAUGGAUUUUUGGAAAGCACCUAUUCGAUCUUCUGACGGCAACCAAUAUGUAUUAAUAAUUACUGAUCGAUUAUCUAAAUAUGUCUUUGCCCGGGCAUUAUCAUCAGAAAAUGCCAGAGACGCUGCCGAGAUGCUAUUUGAAGACAUUAUAUUGAAACAUGGUGCAAUUCGAUGUAUACAGUCCGAUCAAGGUUCUCAUUUCAGAAAUGAGCUGUUGUCAGUAAUCACACAAUUAACUGGUUGUAAACAAGUAUUUUCAAUUCCGUACCAUCCUAUGUCGAAUGGUCAAGUGGAACGAUUUAACUCAACCUUUUGUGAUCAACUCAAAAAAUAUUAUCAUGAUAACAUCAAUGAUUGGGAUAUUUAUUUGCAAUCCAUUGUAUGGGCAUAUAAUUCGUGUAUUCACUCUGUAACUGGUUUUAUUCCAUAUGAAUUAGCAUUUAAUCGUCGAUUAAUAUCACCGUUUGAAUUUCCAUCAUCAAAAAUUGUAAUGUUAAAACCACACGAUUAUUGGGAAAAAGCAAACAAAUUCAAGCAAGUGGCCAUUCAUGCAGCUCAAUUCAAUAUCAAACAACAACAACAAUUGAGUAAACGACGAUACGACAAAGGACGAGCUAAUCCAAUAUACACACUAGAUGACAUGGUAUGGAUAAAAAUAUUGUCUGGUCGUUCGAAAUUAGAUCCUCGAUAUCAUGGUCCAUUUCGUAUUAUAAAGAGAAUUACUGACGUCAAGUAUAUCGUUGAACAUACACAAGACCAUUAUCAAAAAGAAGAACAUGUCAACAAUUUUAUUCCAUUUUACGAACGAAGUUAA